AGCAUAUUUACAGCAAUGUCAGUAGCUCAUGUUGAUGAUGAAGAGCCUGGCCCUGGUGAAGUUCGCCAUGUUGAAAAAGCCCUUCCAAAUGGUGACUUUUAUACAGGCGAAUGGUGUGAUAGUUUGCCUCAUGGCAAUGGAAAAUAUUUAUGGACUGAUGGUUGUAUGUAUGUUGGUGAAUGGUUUAAAGGAAAGACGAUGGGUAAAGGCAAGUUUAGUUGGCCUUCAGGUGCUACCUAUGAAGGUGACUUCAAGAGUGGUUUUAUGGAUGGUAAAGGGACUUAUACAGGUUUUUCAGGAGAUACUUAUAAAGGUAAUUGGGUUAUGAACUUUAAACAUGGACAAGGCACUAAAAGUUAUGCCAAUGGGGAUUACUAUGAAGGAGAAUGGCGCCGUGGAUUCCAGGAUGGGCAUGGCAGGUACCAAUGGAAGAAUGGGAACCAUUAUAUUGGUCAAUGGAGGAAUGGAUUGAUGAAUGGCAAUGGAACAAUGAUUUGGAGUAAUGGGAAUGAGUAUGAUGGUCUUUGGGAAGAUGGUUUUCCUAAAGGGAAUGGGAAUUUCAAAUGGGCAGAUGGGAGUUCAUAUGUUGGUGUUUGGAGUAAGGAUGACAAGGAACAAAGUGGAACUUAUUAUCCUUCCGAUUCUCAAAAUGGGAAUCUAGAUUGGGAUCCUCAACAGGUGUUUUUGGAGGAUUUGAAAGACUGCAAGAUAUGCCCUGGUGAGAAGGUGUCAAUUUUUCCGUCACAAAAGAUGCCAAAUUGGCCUGGAAUGGCCAAAGGGAAUGAUGGAAGGCAGAGGAGAAUGUCUGAUGGAAAGCUAAGUAGUUAUAGUUGGGGUUCGUAUAUGAAUGAUUUUUCUGCUGCUAGUGAAGGGGACUCGAGGGAUGAGGAUGAAGGAGGGGGGAGUCUUCAUCUUGAAGAUUCAGAUACAAGAGGGAGUUGUACAGAGUUUAAGAUGCCAAUGAAGAAGCAGGGGCAGACGAUAUCGAAAGGGCACAAAAAUUAUGAGCUCAUGCUCAAUUUGCAACUGGGUAUCAGGCACUCUGUUGGAAGGCCUGCUCCAGCUAUAUCCCUCGAUCUGAAGUCUUCAGCUUUUGAUCCUAAGGAAAAAGUAUGGACCAAAUUUCCACCUGAAGGAUCCAAGCACACUCCACCUCAUCAAUCUUGUGAAUUCAGGUGGAAGGAUUACUGCCCAGUUGUAUUCAGGACCCUUAGGAAAUUGUUCAAUGUGGAUGCAGCUGAUUACAUGAUUUCAAUAUGUGGGAAUGAUGCCCUUCGGGAACUAUCAUCCCCUGGAAAAAGUGGAAGCUUUUUUUACUUGACCAAUGAUGACAGAUACAUGAUAAAGACAAUGAAGAAGGCGGAAGUAAAAGUUCUCAUAAGGAUGCUUCCUGCCUACUAUAAUCAUGUUCGGUCCUUUGAGAACACUCUAGUCACCAAAUUUUAUGGUCUUCAUUGUGUGAAAUUAACUGGCGCAGCGCAGAAAAAGGUACGAUUUGUUAUAAUGGGGAAUCUGUUCUGUACUGACUAUGCCAUUCAUAGGCGCUUUGACUUGAAAGGUUCUUCCCAUGGUCGCACAACUGCUAAACCUGAAUCAGAAAUUGAUCUGACAACAACCCUCAAAGACCUUGAUCUCAAUUAUAUUUUUCGAUUGCAGAAACUGUGGUUCCAAGAGUUUUGCAGGCAAGUCGACCGAGACUGUGACUUCCUUGAACAGGAGAGAAUUAUGGACUAUAGUCUGCUGAUUGGUUUUCACUUUCAAGAAGUUUCCACAUCUUGUACUUCUGGAGUUCCUACACCUACUGGAAAUGAAGAUCAUGAAAAUGAAGGAGCUCCUCAGCUAUCUCAAUUAGGAAAGGAUCAGCUUCUUAUUGAUCCCUCUCGGUGGUCUUCCAUUAGAUUAGGUAUAAACAUGCCGGCUCGCGCUGAAAAGACAGUGAGAAAAAGUGAUUGUGAAGCUCAGCUGGUUGGAGAACCAACUGGUGUGUUGUAUGAUGUCAUCCUCUUCUUUGGUAUAAUAGACAUUCUACAAGACUAUGAUAUUAGCAAGAAGCUUGAGCAUGCAUAUAAAUCAAUGCAGUAUGAUCCAACAUCAAUUUCUGCUGUUGAUCCAAAGCAAUAUUCAAAACGCUUUCGUGAUUUUAUUUUCAGAAUUUUCGUAGAGGACACUUGAAAGUUAUGUUUUGACAAGAUCUUCAACUUGGAACCAGUGUCCAUUCAUGUACAUUCAAUCAUUUUUUGGAGAUGUGAAUUCUUAAAAGCAAAAGGUUACCAUUUUUGCCAUUGACACGGCCAUGGAGGAUGAUUUAUGGCAGGCCCGGACACGCCUUUGUAAUUCAGGAAUAGUUUCUCACCCUCUCUUCAUCUCUAUCACUUUACAGUUGCAGAUAUAUGAUAUAUUAUAGUCAAGGUGUAGGUUAACAUUGUAACCAGAAUUACUAAAGCUAGCUUCAAAUGUAAAUGAAUUGGCCAAGUGGUGAAACAUACAUUGGAAUUUAUUCUUUUUGUACCAAAAUUUUUUUCCCCAGUAGGUGAGGAGUCCCUGGGUUCAGCUUGAAAUAAUAAUGUACAGAAAGUGAUUGGAAUGAAGCUAACUUUUAGUUGCUUAUA